AUGUUGGGGACAAGUAAAUUGACCAUCUGGAUAAUGACUGGUCUGUUUGCCAUUACAACUGUGUUCUUUAAUCUCUACAUCUUCUUGAUGAGUUUGUUUAAAUACAAACAGACAAAGCAGUGGAGUCCCAGUGAAACCAUCAUAGCAGCUCUGUCAGUGGCUAAUGUGGUGCAUCAGCUUAUUUGUUACUUCUGGAUGACUCUGGAUGAGAUCGACCGUAACUGCAACAUUGUGGAGAUGCCGUACAGUAUCAUCUUACUGUUGAUAUUCAGCCUCAAGUUCACUAUUGUGUGGGACACCAGCUUUCUCACCUUUUACUACAGCAUCAAGCUGGUGAACACAACCAAUCAGUGCUUCACACAGAUCCAGGCUGUCAUCAUCAAACAUGUCACUGUGGUUGUUUGUCUCAUCCCCCUGUGUGCCCUGGGAACCUGUGUACCGAUGCUUGUGGUGUUUGUGCCUGAGAACCAAACCGAGAACAAUCAAGACUGUGGGAUGAUGACUCCUGACAGCUACACUGGUCGCAUUUAUGAGGCCAUGCUUCUGCUCUUCUCCGAUGUGCUGCCAGGGGUGUUCAUGGUGAAAUGCUGCGUCUCAAUCUCUGUCCACCUGGCCAUCCAUCUCCGCAACAUGAAGGCCAGUACCAACGGCGCCCACGGCCCGAAGAUGGGUUCCCAACUGAGGGUCAUCCAGAUGGCGUUGUCCCUUGUUGGCACCUUCCUCUGCUUCCUUGUGGUUGACCUAUAUGUAAACUACCAGAUCGUGGUGCACCAUGAGAAUGCUGUCGUGCUCGCAUUUUUAUUCAUCUCCAUUUUCACCACUGGAACCCCUGUAGUCCUGAUCUAUGGUAAAAAGUCUCUCUGGAAAGCUCUCUUACAUGAAUACAACAUCUUCCUCGAUGUAUAUCCUUGUUUGUCAUGUCUGAAGGUGUCUGAGGAAAAGGACAAACCAAGCACUCCAGCAAAAUUAAAAAACUGA